AUGCUGACAUGCUGUGCAGUACCAAUCUACACCACUACUGCAUUUGCUUUCAAUAAUGCCGAGCAUGGAGUGCGUCUCUUGCAUAUCAGCGAGUUUGGCAACAUAUACAGCCGCAUAACCAAUCCUACUGUGAGCGUGUUCCAGAACCGCAUGGCGGCACUGAAAGGUGGGGUGGCCGCUUGUGCUGUUGCAUCUGGAACGGCCGCUGUCUCGAUGACCUUGAUGGCAUUGGCUGGCGUCGGAGACGAUAUUGUCGCCACGUCAACGGUCCAUGGGGGCACGUACCACCAGUUCAAGGUCCUCGCGCCGCAACUGGGGAUUGAAUGUCGUUUUGUCACUUCAAACGAUCCAAAAGACUUCCGGAAUUUGAUUGAUGAAAAGACCAUUUACUGCGAUCAGUUGUCCUUCGCAAAGCACUGA